GGCACGGCGGAGCGACAUACCGCGUCCUCUCCAAUUCUCUCAGCGCGCUCUCUUCUCUCUCUCUGUCUUUCUUUCUUCCUCCCCCCCCCUCUCUGUCUUUUCGUCUUUCCUCUCCCUCUCACUGGAUCUCUCUUUCGCUCUCCCACUUCACCGCGUGUCCCUGUGCUCCUCUCUCUCUCGUCGCUGCCGCCUCCGUCCUUGCGACUGACUUCUGUCCUCCUCUCCUUCUAUCUACCCUGCAUCUCGUACAGUCUUCCUUGUCGCUCCAGCACCUGGCUCACGACGCGACGCAACGCGAGUCUCCGCUCCGGAUCGUUCGGUGACUUGGCCUACGCGCCGCCGUCGUCGUUGUCGCACGAUAUACAUGUACACGCGUGCGUACUCUACGCGGGAAAAAGAGAGAGAGAGGGAGAGAGAGAGAGAAGGAGAGAGGAAUUCGCAGUGCCACGUUUCGAAUCGCGCCCGGCCGCCACCGUGUCGCGCGUGUGUCCGCCGCACGAGGAGUGAACUUGUGCUCGUGCGCGCUCGCGCACCGGAGGAUGCGGAGAACACAGCGCUCGCUCGCUCUCGUGUUUCAGUCUAGUGUGCUUAUUCGUUCCGCGGGUGUCAGUGACAUUAUUCUAGUCUAGUAGGUUUUCCAUCCCCGUGCCGUCACUGACGGGAGCACGCGACGGACGAGUCGGGUGUUUUUCGAGAAUUCACAAAGUGCCAUAUCGUGUGCGAGGUCGAGCGGAUAUACACGGCGCUCGCUCGCUCGCAUUAGCAUAUACCGCUCGCGCGCGCGCGCGCGACAGGUUGGAAUUCGAAGGUGAGAGAAUCCUUGGCCGAUUCCACGAACAGCGACGCGAGAGGGUCGAGAGAGAACCCGAUCGCGUUCCAGCAUCCGAAGCUGGCGCACGUCGCCGGCCGCGGUAAACAGCAGCGAUAAUCGGCGGAUGAUCCGAGCGUUCCGUCGCGUCACCGACGAGAGAGAGCAACGAGGAUAAAAAACGAAACAAACGAGAAAGCACUCAACGAACGAUCGAACCGAAACCUGGAAGCUCCUCCGCUACUCGAGAAGGGGAGAGAUAGGUUUACGAAGAUGCGUCCGAGCGAGAUAUACUCGCGUUAAUCGGAAGCCGAUCGAACCGGUCGACGGACCGAAGGGACAGAGCGACUCCUUGCGAACGUUGUCGGGCGAUUAACGAGAUUGAACAAGUGUUGUUACGCCGGCGAAUAAUCAACAAGCAGAGCUCGGCGCGCGGCCGAGUUACGAGCGGGCGUCUCUUAUCAGACGCGCGGCGGAAAGCCAGUGUCGGUUCCGCGGUCGCGUCGAGCGAGGCGCGUACAGUGUGUCAUGAUAGUUCGCGUGGCCGGGCAUGAACGUUGAAACCUGCACUCUCUACUUCGCUGGGACGGCCCGGGGCCCGGAGAAGGACAGGAUGUCGACCCAGGCUUACUACAAGGAGCGGCUCGGCUUCGACCCGGCGGACACCGUGGCCGAGCACCAGCGUGAGCAACGCUCCCAGCACGGUUACGAGGAGUCUCUCUCCAAGUUCAAAGGUCAGAAUGCGAACGGAUUCCCGGAGGACGGUCCGGAACGGUGGUGCAAUGGUGGCGAUGUCGGGGAACACCGCACCGGCAACACCCAGGCUUUCUGGGGCUGCUGGGCGAUGUUCAUUGAGGCGCACGACGAACGAGAUGCUAUACAGAAGAAGACCUUCACGAAAUGGGUGAACAAACAUUUGAAAAAGGCGAGCCGACAUGUCGGGGAUUUGUUCGAGGAUCUGCGCGACGGCCACAAUCUCAUCUCCUUGUUGGAAGUGCUCUCAGGCGAGCACCUUCCGCGGGAGAGGGGUCGAAUGCGUUUCCACAUGCUGCAAAAUGUGCAGAUGGCCCUCGAUUUUUUACGCUACAAGAAGAUCAAGCUGGUCAACAUCCGGGCGGAGGAUAUCGUGGACGGUAAUCCGAAACUGACCCUCGGCCUGAUAUGGACGAUCAUCCUGCACUUCCAGAUAUCCGAUAUAGUGGUGGGCCAAGAACCGAAUGUGACGGCACGCGAGGCUCUGUUGAGAUGGGCCAGACGCUCGACCGCUCGAUACCCCGGCGUGCGAGUGACCGAUUUCACCGGUUCCUGGAGAGACGGUCUGGCUUUCAGCGCUCUUCUACAUAGGAAUCGACCGGAUCUGGUCGACUGGAGAACAGCGCGUGCAAGCCAGCCGCGAGAACGGCUCGAUCGGGUCUUCUACGUCGCCGAGCGCGAGUACGGCGUUACGAGGCUUCUCGAUCCAGAAGAUGUUGACACUCCUGAGCCGGAUGAGAAGUCCUUGAUAACGUACAUCUCUUCGCUCUACGACGUAUUCCCGGAGCCACCGGCCAUUCACCCUCUGUACGAUGCCGAGGCGCAGAGACGAUCCGCGGAGUAUCGCGAACUGGCCAGCUCGCUUCACAUGUGGAUCCGCGAAAAGAUGGCAUUAAUGCAAGAACGAUCCUUCCCGCCUACCCUGAUCGAGAUGAAGAAACUGGCGGCGGACAGUACGAAAUUCAAGAAUGAGGAAGUACCGCCGCGGUACAGGGACAAGCAGAGGCUGACGUACAUCUUCCGAGACCUGCAGAAGUAUUUCGAAGCGGUGGGUGAAGUGGACAUGGAACCGGAAUUGCACAUUGAUGUCAUAGACAAGAAUUGGAAUCGCCUGAUUAUGUUACAUCAAGAACGCGAGCAGGCCAUCAUAGACGAAAUCAAACGACUCGAACGCUUGCAACGACUUGCCGAGAAAGUACAUCGCGAGAUGAAGACGACCGACAACCGACUGGAGGAACUCGAGAGACGUGUGGAGGACGAGGCCCGCAGACUCGAUCGCCUUCACCCCCUGGAGGCGAAGCAUGCGGUGGACCUGCUGGAACAGGACAUACGCAACACGGAAACUCAAAUACAGAAUAUAUUCACUGAUGUGCACACUCUUACGGAGGGUAGAUACAGUCAGGCCGCCGAGCUCCAUAAGAGAGUGCAGAAACUGCAUCAAAGGUGGGUGGUGCUACGGUCCCUCCUGCACAGGCGUCUGGUACAACCACUGUCCGCGGUAUCCUUCCCCGUGGAAGAGCGCGUUGUCACGAAACACCGCACCACCGUUCACGAAACCCGACUGGUCGACACGAAUCCUCACUUCCGCUCGUUGCACGACUGCAUAGACUGGUGUAAGAGCAAGCUGAAGCAUCUGCAAGAAGCGGAUUACGGAUCGGAUUUGCCCAGCGUGCAGAAUGAAUUGGACGUGCAUCACAGAGAGCACAAGAAUAUCGAUCAGUUUCAGGCUAAGGUCGACAAGUGCGUACAGGCGAAGAACAAUUUCCACGGCGAGGAGCUCACGCUGUACACCCAGCAUCUCAGCACUUUGCAGAAGCUCUACGCCGAGCUGCUCGCCAUCUCGAAUAAGAGACUCUCCGAUCUGGACACCCUGCACGACUUCAUACAGUCGGCGACCGGCGAGUUGGUUUGGUUGAACGCCAAGGAGGAGACCGAAGUCACGCGCGAUUGGAGUGACAAGAACCUUAAUGUACAGAGCAUCGAACAAUAUUACGAGUCUUUGAUGAGCGAUCUGGAGAAGCGUGAGAUACAAUUCUCGGCAGUGCAAGAUCGCGGCGAGGCGCUGGUCCUCCAGCAUCAUCCUGCGGCCAAAACCAUCGAAGCUUACAUGUCGGCGAUGCAGAGUCAGUGGGCUUGGCUGCUCCAGCUCACCCUCUGUCUCGAGGUGCAUCUGAAACACGCCUCGCAAAAUCAGCAAUUCUUCAAAGAUAUUCAACAAGCCGAACAGUGGAUCUCGAAACGAGACGAGACGCUGAACACCGUUUACUCGCAGUCCGACUUCUCGUUGGACGAAGGAGAGCGCCUCUUGAAGGGCAUGCAAGAGUUGCGCGAAGAGCUUAACAAUUAUGGCGAUCACGUACAGAGACUCGUGGAGAGAGCGAAGGAUGUCAUUCCCAUGAAGCAACGUAAACAACCAGUUAUGCGACCGUUACAAGUGACCUGCAUCUGCAGCUACAAGCAAGUCAAUAUGUCCAUCGAGAAGGGGGAACAGUGCACGGUGUACGACAAUUCCGGCCGAGUCAAGUGGCGCGUGAAGAACACACAGGGUGUGGAAACCCCCGUACCAGGUGUGUGUUUCGCCCUGCAGCCUCCCGACAAAGAAGCGCUCGACGCCGCUGAAAGGUUGCGACGGCAAUACGACAGAAGCGUGGCCCUCUGGCAACGGAAGCAGCUGCGACUCCGACAGAACAUGAUAUUCGCGACUAUCAAGGUGGUGAAAGGUUGGGACUUGCCGCAGUUCCUGGCGAUGGGACAAGAUCAGCGAACGGCCAUUAGAAAGGCGUUGAACGAAGACGCGGAUAAGUUGCUGUCUGAGGGAGACCCGGCGGAUCCGCAGCUGCGACGGCUGAAGCGCGAAAUGGCGGACGUGAACCGGCUGUUCGACGACUUCGAGAAGCGCGCCAGGGCGGAGGAGGAGUCGAAGAACGCCGGGCGUAUCUUCAACGAGCAGGCGUCCACGCUGCAGCAGGCCCUCGACGAGGCCGAGAGGGUCCUGAACGCGCGCAUAGCCGCGCCCUUGCCGCGCGACCUCGACAGUCUGGAGCACCUGGUGCUGCAGCACAAGGACUACGAGCAGAGCCUGCAGGGCCUGGCGCCGGAGAUGGAGCAGAUGCAGCAGACGUUCCGCGGCAUCACUCUGAAGACGCCGGCGAUGAGGAACAAGCUCGACAACAUAACGUCCAAGUGGAACCACCUGUGGAACUUGAGCAGCCUGUACAUCGAGCGGCUCAAGUGCGUCGAGAUCGUGUUGUCCGGCCUCGAGGAGAACACCGCGGCCAUCUCCGAGUUCGAGAUCAAGCUGGCCUCCUUCGGCGAGCUGCCGUCGGACGUGAAGGGCCUGCAGAUCGUGUUGGAGGACCUGAUGGUUCUGCAGAACGCCAUUGCGCAGCAGCAGGUAUCGGUGGACCAGCUCAACGACGACGCGCACAACGCUAGGCGCCUGGUCGAGAAGUCACGACCGAAUCACCGCGGCCCGCACGGCGACAUGGACCGUUUGGACGCCGAGGUCAACAAACUGAACGCCCGAUGGACGAACGUUUGCGGACAGCUCGUGGACAGACUGCGCAGCGCCGAGACGGCCUACGGAUUGGCGCAGCAAUACAGCACUUCGUAUCAAAACGAGGUAGACUUCGUCGAUGAGUCCUACAGCAAACUGGAUCUGGAGAAUACCAAGAACCUGCUGAGUAAGGUGCUGGACCGUGCGCCGGCGAUCGAGGCGGUGAACAUCACGGGCGGCAGGCUGAUCCGCGAGGGGAAGAUCUAUGGACAAAGGCUCAGAGCGUUCAAAGAACAAUUGGAAGAUAUCUGCCCGUCGUUGGACGCGUCGGUGAAGAGGCCGCGAAGAGAUUCCGUUAUUACGGUCGAUAAUGUUGCGCGCGAUCUAGAUACGCUGAACCGGAGGUACACGACCUUAGUGGGCCUGCUCGAGGAACGGGUCAGGCAGCUGGCGUUGCUCCAUCCUGAAGACACUUCUCUGCAGCGUGUUCUUCAAGAACAACGGCCACUGCGGACGUUCCGCACUGAGUUCAACAUCUACGAGAGCACCACCAGCGAGGAGCGUUACACCUCCACAACCACACACUACACCCAGUCGCAAUACACCUCCGAGCGACAUGAGUCCACCGAGACGACAUUCUCGAGCGAGACCUCGAAGCGAAGUUACAGCGGGGAGCAGGCGGCCGGCGGCGCGUAUCGUCCAAACGGCGAGACGACGAGCCCCGCGAGCGCCGCUUCACCGGCCAUCGGCACCGGGCCGAGCAUCCUCAAGCGCUCGUACGACACCGAGACGACGAACAGCUCCUCCUCGAGCAGGAGGCAACAGCAGCAAGACUUCCCGUCCGCGGUGGUGGACGGCGGGUUUAGCAGUAGCGAGCUUAGAGAUCUUAGGCGGGUACCGAGGGUGCCCGAGGACGGGGGCGGCGAUGGUGCGGAGAACGUGAUCGACGUUAGGGGUAUCGUAGAUCCGAGGAACGGCGAGAUGUUGACCGUAGGCGAGGCGAUCCGGCGGCGGAUCCUCGACGUUAGGAACGGUAGGAUAGUGGCGUCCAGCGACGACGGCAGGUCGUCGUCGAGCAUGUCGAUCGAGGAGGCGGCUCGCGCCGGUCUGGUCGACGCGGCGCUCGCCGAUCGGCUGUUAGGUCCCUGCGGGGUGAACGACGAGGAGGGCGGCCGGCGGGUGCUGUCGCUUCUCGAGGCGAUCCAGCGGGAGCUGUGCGACGCCGAGCGUGCCGACAUCGCGGACCGAGUCAAGGUAACCACGACGACACGCCGUAACGACGAGCGUGCCGGUAGCACCGCCGACACCGCGGGGGUUAGCGUUGUCGAUGCGAUGAGGGAGGGCUUGUUGGACCCGGCGACCGGCGAGGUGGUCGUCGAGAACGGCGAGCGCAUCUCGAUCGAGGAGGCGUACACGCGCGGUUACCUUACCAAGGUAGACGUGACCGUCCGGGUGAGUCGUAACGCCGUCGCGCUGUCCGACGCGGUCGCGCAGGGUCUCGUGGACGACCGUUCCGGCCGGGUGACCGACCGCAUCACCGGCGAGUCGUACCCGCUGGACGAGGCGGUCGACAGGGGCAUCGUCGACGCGAGCGUCAAGGAGAUCGUCGACACGCGCAACGACACCAAGCUCACCGUGACGGAGGCCCUGAGGUGCGGCAUACUGAACGCCAAGAGCGGCCGGUACAUGCACGGCUUGUCGCUGGAGAAGCUGCCGUUCAAGGAAGCGCGCCGUCGCCAGCUGAUCGUCAAGCCGAUGACGCUCAAGGACUGUUGCGACCUGGAGAUCAUCGACGACAAGGGCAGGAUCGCCAGUCCGGCUCAUCGCAGCAGGCUGACGAUAGUCGAGGCCAUAUCCCGGGGAGUCUUGGACUCCGCCAACAUCAGGUCCGUAGUCGACACUCGUACGGGCGAGAUGGUCACGUUGGCCGAUUCCUUGAACAGCGGCAUCGUCAAGCAGCAAGGCACGUAUCGCGACAUGCGGAAGGACCUGGAGUAUCCUAUCCCCGAGGCCGUGGAGAAGGGCCUGAUUACAUCCGUGACCCAGAAAACCAUCUUCGAUAUCGACGGAUUCAAGGACCCGGUCUCCGGGGAGUACAUCAGCCUGAACGCGGCUCUGCUGAAGGGCCUGAUCAGCGCUAAGUCCGGCGGCACUUUCACCGUCGAUCUGGCCACCGGCGAGACCGUGUCGCUGAGCGAGGCCGAGGAACGGGGAUACAUCAGGCCGGAGGUGUUGGAGAUGCUGAGUCGCGGCAUCGGUGUCACCGAGAACGGACGCGAGGUCAGCGUGUUGGAGGCCGUGCUGCUCGGGCUGCUCGACCCGAAGUCCGGUCAGCUGCUGGACCCGCGUAGCAAGAGGAUAGUGCCGCUGGAGGAGGCCAUCAAGCGCGGCCUCAUCACGCCCGAUGGCGCCGCCUUGCUCACCAGUCUGCUGAACAUCGCCGUCACCACGCAGACCGUGACGAAGACCGUGAAGAAGUACGUGACGCUGAUGGAGACCGGUGAGGUCAGCAGGGACUACAAGAUCAGCUACGAGGAGGCUUUGAACAGCGGCUUCAUCGACGAGAGCACGAGCGAGUUCCGAGAUCCCGACACGGGCGCGACUAUGAGCAUCGAAGACGCCGUUGAGCGGAGCCUGCUCGGCGGCGACGUGCCUCGACACGUCGCGCACUCGUCACGCGCGACUUUCGAGAGCACUUUCGUGGCGGACGUCGGCGACGUGCUCGCCGACCGUAGAAGCGCAUCACCGCCGAGGGCGAUCGGAACGGUCACCACCAUCAUUACUAAAGAGAUUACUCCGCGAGCGUCUUCUACGCCGACGAAGGAGUCCUCCGUCACGAUGACGAUUGCCCCGUCACCGAAGAUCGCUCCGUCACCGACGAUCGCUCCGUCACCGACGAUCGCUCCGUCACCGACGAUCGCCCCGUUAUCGACGAUCGUCCCGUCACCAACGAUCGCCCCGUCACCAAAGAUCGUCCUAUCGCCAAAGAUCGUCUCGUCGCCAAAGAUCGUCCCGUCACCGACGAUCGCCCCGUCAACGACGAUCGCGCCGUCAACGACGAUCGCCCCGUCAACGACGAUCGUCCCGUCACCGACGAUCGUCUCGUCAACGACGAUCGCCCCGUCAACUACGAUCGCUCCGUCACCGACGAUCGCUCCGUCACCGACGAUCGCUUCGUCACCGACGAUCGUUCCGUCAACGACGAUCGCUCCGUCAACGACGAUCGCUCCGUCAACGACGAUCGCUCCGUCACCGACGAUCGCUCCGUCACCGACGAUCGCUCCGUCACCGACGAUCGCUCCGUCACCGACGAUCGCUCCGUCACCGACGAUCGCCCCGUUAUCGACGAUCGUCCCGUCACCAACGAUCGCCCCGUCACCAAAGAUCGUCCUAUCGCCAAAGAUCGUCUCGUCGCCAAAGAUCGUCCCGUCACCGACGAUCGCCCCGUCAACGACGAUCGCGCCGUCAACGACGAUCGCCCCGUCAACGACGAUCGUCCCGUCACCGACGAUCGUCUCGUCAACGACGAUCGCCCCGUCAACUACGAUCGCUCCGUCACCGACGAUCGCUCCGUCACCGACGAUCGCUUCGUCACCGACGAUCGUUCCGUCAACGACGAUCGCUCCGUCAACGACGAUCGCUCCGUCAACGACGAUCGCUCCGUCAACGACGAUCGCUCCGUCACCGACGAUCGCUCCGUCACCGACGAUCGCUCCGUCACCGACGAUCGCUCCGUCACCGACGAUCGCUCCGUCACUGACGAUCGUCCCGUCACCGGCGAUCCCUUCAUCCGCAAGGGAUUCGACUGUAUUCAUUGACGCGAAGGACACGUCAUCCACGAGAAUCAGCGAGUCCACCAAAUGGACGUCCGAGAUCACGUCGAAGUCGAGCUCGUUCGAGGAGACGCACAAGGUGACUCGUGCUUCUAAAUCUUCUGUAUCCGAUGAGAAGCCGAUGGAAGACGAGAAGAUUGUACCAGCUGAACCGGCCAGCCACAUAUCGGAAAUCACGAGAUUCGAGAAGGAACGCGCUUUCACCGACAAGAGAGUGUUCGAAUUGCCUACGGACGGUUGGACGCUGUCCGAAGCUAUCGAUAGGAGACUCUUCGACCCCACCACAGGCCUCUUCAUAAUCCCUGGCACCGACAGAUUGGUCUCCUUCGAGGAGUGCAUCAAGCUUCAGAUCAUCAACCCGAAUUCCGGAUUCGUGAUCGACCCUAACAACGGAAGGAAAGUAUCCUUGGUACGCAGCCUGGAGAAGAACAUCCUCGACUCGACGGGCCACUACAGUUUCCCGCAGAAGAUCUCGAUGAAGGAAGCGAUCGCAGCCGGUUUGAUUAUGCUGGAAAGCGGGACAAGCCCGGACAGCGACAACACCAAUCAACGACUCCUGCAGAUUACCAGGGUGUCGGGCAAACCGGACAUAGUGCAGCUGACGCGAGCCGACGAUCCUUCGCAGCCGAUGGAGAUCAAGACGACCGACGAGAUCUCGACGCCGGACCCCGUGCAGGUGACCCAGGGGGUGAUCUACGACCCGGGGACCACUCUGGUGAUCUCCACGAAGACCGGCAAGUCGAUGAACCUCCUGACCGCCGUUUCCGAGGGCACGCUGUCACCCUCUGCCGUGGUCGUGAAGGAUCCAACGACCGGGAAAGACAUCGGCAUGGCGGACGCCGUGAAUCGCGGUAUCCUCGACCUGAACACGCGCGAGUACAAGAUCGACGACGGCCGGAAGAUAUCACUGCUGGACGCGACGAAGUUCGGAGUGGUGUCGGUCCUCGGCGGCCCGCUCGCCGCCGCAGCGGCCGCUGUGGAGGCCGUACAGAGAACGAUGGUGAAAGACCCCGUGACCGGCAAGAAGAUACCGAGAGAGGUCGCCAUGGAGCGUGGCAUCAUCCCGAAGACAGACGUGAGCUCGCCAGUCGUCGAAUUUGCACCUGGCCUACCUGACGAGCAAAAUGAGGGAGCCGUUUCGCAGACUGCGGUGCAGGAUGAACCCGAGGAGACGUCUCCGUCGAGAGAAGAUGUGAAGAACGCGACAUUCGGCGACUCGACGGCGUUCAGCAGCGACGCGCCGGACGGCGAGAGUCCGGGCACAAAGACGAGAGCGCGAGUGACGGUCGAGCCGAGGUACCAGGUGACGAUCGGCAAGGCGAGGACCGUGUCGCAGAGUCCCGAGCGAGAGGCGAAGCCCAUCGUCCUGCAGAAGAUGCGGAAGAGAAUAGUGAAGGUCGAGGAGGCGCUGCAGAGCGGCCUGAUCGACGUGGAGACGGCGGACGCCUUCGCCAAGGAGAUGUGCGACGAGAAGGGAGAGCCGAUCACGCUCUCGGAGGCCAUCCGCGACAAUCGAAUCGACGCCGGCCAAGGGCAGAUCGUCGACCCUCAGCGGGGCGACGUGCUCAGCAUCGAGCAGGCCAUCGAGCGCGGAAUCUUGGACCCGGAGAACGCGCACAUACUGGUGCCGUUGGCGAAGAGCCUGUCAGUGCACAGCUUGUACCGGCAGGGCUUGUUGGAGCCGUCGGAAGGUAAAAUCGUGCACCCGGAGACGGGAGCGCAUCUCACCCUCAACGAGGCCAUCGUGUGCGAGAUAGUGGACCCCCUGUCGAAUCUCAUGUUCUCCGUGGACGGUCGUACGGAAACGCUGCAGUCCGCCAUCGCGAACGACACUAUCGACGCGGACAGGUCGCUGGUGAAGACCCAGUGCGGCAGUGUGAACUUGGUCAAGGCGAUAGAGAACAAGGUGUUCCAGCUGAAGGAGCCAACAGGGUCCUCCGACAUCCCGCCCGCCGGCAUGACGUUCCCCGUUGCGCUGAAACGUGGCUUGAUAGACACCAGCAAGAGAGAAGUGCGCCACCCGAUCACCGGGGAACAUCUACCGUUGGAGGACGCUAUAAAAAAGGACUUCAUCAUGGCACUACCGUAUCCGGUGGCUCCCGACAGCAUCGAGAUCACGAAGGCUCUGGAGUCGGGGCUGGUCGACCGGGACAACGCCGUAUUCUUCCAUCCUACCACGGGCACUCCCAUUCCCAUAGCCGAGGCCGUUGAAUCCGGUCUGCUGAUCAUCAAGCCGCCGGCCGACGGCGGAAACGCGAUAGCCGCCAUCACCGAGACGAUCACGUCGUACCACACCAUCACGACCAAGACCGUCGAACUCUUGCCGGGCUACGCGCUAAAGAGCGCAAUGGAGGUGCAGGAUAUCAACACCGGCGGUAUCAUCAGUAUCGACGAGGCACGACGCAGAGGCAUUAUCAAGGACGAGUCGGAGAGCAAGCAGGAAUUCACCACGAAGGACAUCAAGAUGUCCUUCGACCACGCAGUGGAGAAGGGAUUCGUGGACAUGGAGACUGGCACUUACACCGACCCCCGCACCGGCGCUACGAUGCCCAUCGCCAAGGCCGUCGAGGAGGGCAUCCUCGACACCUCCUCCACCAAGAGCGAGUCGCCCAGGAAGUCGUCCAACGGCAGCAUGACCGUGCUGGAGGCGGUCGAGCAGAUCUACGACGAGAGGACGGGCACGUUCAAGGAUCCCGAGACGAAGGAGUCUUACAACUUGACGGAAGCGAUGAAGGUGGGUCUGAUCGAGCCCGAUUCCGUGCUCUAUAACGUGAAGACCAAGGAGUCCGUCACCACGAAAGAGGCGGUGGAGAAGGGUCUGCUCGACCCUGACACCGGGAAGAUGAGCACGAUGCGCGAUCAGAAGGAUCGACCGAUUAACAUAGCGGAGGCCGCGAAACUGGGUCUCCUGGCGGUAGUCGCCGCGCCAGUACUCGCUGGGAAAACGGUGGUCGACGCGAUCGCCGGUCAUAAGUCCAAGGAGCCCAAGACGAGCGUACCCGCGAUGGCGGAGCCAUCCGUCGUUGCGAAGGAACCGAGCGGAUCCACGGAGGUCUCCUCCACGCAGAUCCGUGUCACCCAGAGGCCUCUUCGCGUUUCUCAGGAAGGCGAGAAACCGAGCAUAGUGGAGAAGAUGCGGGAACCAGCAUCUUCAGCGACAGACACGGGAGCGACUGUCUCUCAGUCGCCUCUAAGAGAAGACGUACCCGUUUCCGUCGCUCGCAAAGACACACCAGCCAGCCAAUUGCCUUCACCCGAUAAGCAACGGGAACUCUUGGAUGAGGUGGAGGCGAGCGACGACGAUGGGAUGAAGGAUAUCCCAGAAGAAGACGCUCCUAAACAAGUCUCAGUAGUCGUUACGAGGGACCUGUCGCCUCAGGUUCUCGCGGAGCUCGGCGUGUUCGAUCCGGUGCGGGAGAAAUUCCUGGACCCGGAGACGGGUAUCGUCACCUCCUUCAACGACUUGGUGUUGAACCUCAGGGUCUUCGAUCCCGACAUGGUACUCGUCAAGGACCUGUCGUCGGAUUCGUACGUGCGGCUGCGCGAGGCGAUCGGCAGACCUCUCGUGGACCGCAACGUCGCUUAUAUGGUCGACCCGAAGACCGGCAAGAAGAUACCGUUCUUCGAGGCGGUGCGUCUGGGAUGGAUCGUGCAGGAACCGGAAGACGACGCUCCGGAGGAGCGGUCUACGCAGGACUCGCUACCUUUGAGCCUGCAGGAGGCCAUCGAUGCUGGCAUGUGCGACCCGAUCACAGGGACGAUUCUGGACCCCAACUCGGGAGAGGCUUUGACCAUGAGCGAAGCUAUCGACACGGGCGUCAUCGACGCGGACGUGCUCGGCGUGAGGAAUCCGAUCACCGACGAAAUCCUGCCGCUGUCCGAGGCCUUGGAGACCGGCGUCGUGGAUCUCCGCAAAGGCGUCGUCGUCAAUAUAGAGACGAGGACGGAGAUCGACAUCACCGCCGCUUUCCUGCGAGGUCUGAUCGUGCCUACUUCUCGCAAGCCGAUCUCCCUGGAAGCCGUGAUCAGGAGAGGCCUCUACGACGCCGACACGGGUAGAAUACAGGAUCCCUUGACGAAGCAGUCGAUCGACGUCGAGGAGGGUGUUCGCAGAGGCGUCGUCGACGCCUUCAUCACCGAAAUCGAGGACACGAAGGCCGGAUCGUCCGUUUCACUGGACGACGCAUUGACGGUGAAUCUGUUGAACCCUGACACGGGUCGCCUGCGCGACACGAAGGCGGGAGAGCUGUUACCUUUAGACGUGGCGCUUGACAGAGGUUUAAUUAUCACAACACCGUUCGUGCCUUCGCUGAUCGACGCGAUCAUGCAAGAGUACUACUCGCCGAAGACCGGCCUCCUGUUGAAUCCCAUGACGGGCGAGGAUCUGACGUUGAAGCAAGCGUUAGCCGUGGGUUACGUCAACGGCGCCACGACGGUAGUCAAGGACGAUAGGAAGGAUCAAGUGGUCCCCUUGGAUGACGCGCAAGAGAGCAAAUUGAUUGAUCCAGUGAGAGGGACGCUGACGUAUCCGCAUGCCAUGUCGCUGGACGUCGCCUACGAGAAGGGAUACAUCUUGAGCACUGUGAAACCGUGGACGCUGCAGGAGGCUUUGGCACUUCAAGUUUACGACCCGAAAUCCGGCACCUUCACCAUCGACAGGAAUAACUAUACUCUAGAAGAGGCGAUCGAGAGGGGCUUUAUCAGCAAAGACGGCCCGUCGAUCAAGGAUCCGCGAAAUAGCGACAUAAUAUCGCUGGGCGACGCCAUCAAGCACGGCUUCAUCAACGCGAAGACCGGCACGGCCGUGGACCCGUGCACCAGCACGCCUCUCACGUUGACCGACGCGUUGGAUCGUGGCUUCAUAGUACCGGCGAAACGCAAGAUAUCGCUGCCGGAGGCCGUGUUCAAGGGCCUAUACGACCCGAAAACCGGGCAGUUCACCGUGCCCGACACGCAGGAGAAGCUUCCUACCGAUCGCGCGAUCAAGAUGGGCGUGAUAGACGCCACGACCGCGAUCGUGCGAGACCCUAAUGGCGACGUGAUGACGUUCAACAAGGCCAUCAAGACGUCGAUAGUCGACCCGAAAACCGGGACGGUCAGCCACGCGAGAGGACCUCCCGUGGACUUCCAGGAAGCGCUGGAGCGCGGCCUGCUGCUCGAAACCAGAAGACCGAUGAGCUUCAGCGAGGCGAUCUCGAAGGGUAUUCUCGACGACAGAAGCAACAAGUUCCUGGACCCCCAAACAGGCACUUAUUUAACUGUUCUAGAAGCCAUUCAGAAGAAUCUGAUAGACGCCGACUCGGUCACCGUGAAGGACACGAGCUCCAACGUGUGGAAGACGAUGACGCUGAUGGAGGCGAUACAGCUGGGUUACGUGGACGGCAACACCGGUUACCUCAAGGACCCCAACAAGGGCAGCAGGAACGUGUCACUGAGAGACGCCUUCGAAUCCGGCCUGAUCGUCGACAGUAGAGCCGCUGUGUCCUUGCAGCGCGCCAUUCACCAAGGACUAUACGACGACAACACCGGCAAGAUCACCGACCCCAGCACGGGCAGGGCCGUGACGUUGCACGAGGCGAUGCGGAAGUGCGUAAUCAGCCCCACGUUACCGUGUUACUGGGACAAACGCGGCGAACGGCUGCUGUCGUUGGCCGAGACGUGCCGCGCCGGCGUGAUAGACCGACGCAGCGGCAUGUUCAAAGAACCCGGCGCCAGCUGCUCGGUCUCGUUGUCGGUCGCCUUGCAGCUCGGCCUGAUCGUCGACAUCGAGAGCAUGGGCUUCGGUUUGUACGAGUCGAUCCUGAUGAGCAUGUACGACGUCGGCACGGGUAAGUUCGUCCACCCGACCAGCAACCGGAAGCUGACGUUGGCCGAGGCGUGUCAGGUGGACCUGAUCAAUCCUCUGACGUCGAUCGUCAAGUGCACCGGGUCGAACAGAUACAUGCCGCUGACGGAGGCGGUCACCGCCGGCAUCGUCGAUGACAUCCGCGGCAUGUACGUGAUCCGCGAGCUCGACAAGACGAUCGACCUGUUGGACGCCACGAGGAAGGGUUUCGUCGUCACGUCGAAGACACCGUUGUCGAUCGAAGAGGCGGUGAGAUGUCGCCUCUACCGCGGCGACAGCGGCAAGUUCGCGAACCCCGCCGCCAACGAGUACCACGACCUGCUUCAGGCGAUCAACUGCGGCCUCAUAGACCCCGACACCACCGCCUUGAAGGACGCGACCACCGGGCAGAUCAAGUCGCUACCGGCUGGCAUCGAGGACGGCACGGUCGACGUGCCUCGGGGCAGGAUACUAGAUCCCAAGACGACUCGCGCCUUCAACAUCGACGUCGCGUUGGAGCGAGGCCUGCUGGUGACGAUCGACAAGCCCUUGGCGCAACAGUCAGCCCAGAGGACGCCUCUGGAGGCCUCCAGGCCCGGCGACAGAAGCGUCCGGGAGUGCACGUUGGAGGAAGCGAUCAACUACGAGCUGGUCGACCCGAACACGUCGGUCGUGCGAGACCCCAGAACCGGUCGAUUCGUGACGACGGCGCGCGCGAUAGCCGACGGCGUGGUGGAGCCCUCCGUCAGGGGCACGGUCGAGCUGAUGAACGGCAACGGCAAGAAAGAGCCGCGUUUCGUGCGUUUCGGUGACGUCACCGUGUACGUCCGGGAACCCGUCGCCCUCGACGUCGCGAUCGAGAAAGAGUAUCUGUCCUUGGACUCGGGCAGGUUCACCGAUCCGGUGACGGCCGAGCAAUUGAGCCUGAAGGAGGCGGUCGGCCUCGGUAUCGUGGACGCGGACUCGGCCUUGAUCAAAGACUCGCAGAAGAGGAAGCUGGUGAAGUUGCCGGAGGCCUUCCGCAAGGGCAUGAUGGACGCGGAGAAGGGCAAUGUGCUGGACACCGCCACGUCCAAGUUGUACAGCCUGUCGCGGGCGCUGCAGACCGGUCUGUUGAUCACCCCGAAGAACGGCGUCUCGUUCAUCGAGGCGCUGCAGUUCGGCCUCUACAAUCCCACCACCGGCGGCUUUCACGACCCCUUCGUAGUCACUUCCGUGUUAGAUCGCAGGCGCCUCACGCUGGCGGACGCGAUCGACUCCGGCCUGAUCGAUCCGUCCACCACCGUGAUCAGGGAGCCCUUCACGGGCGAUAUCGCGAGUCUCUUAGAGGCAGUGAGUAGCGGGAAGGUAGAUCCCGUAGGUGGCAGGUUAGUCGAAGACACGGACGGCAAGAGUAUCGACUUCGUCAAGGCCUUGGAGCGGGGUUAUAUACUCGCCGCAGAAGCCAGGCAAGCGGUGGAGGAGAAGUAUAAGCUGUGCGACGAGACGUUGUCCAAGCUCCUCCAAUGGAUUUCCGUGGUCGAGGACAAGCUGGCGAAUCAAGACACCGUCAAAGAAGACGUCGAAGAACUGAGGAAGCAGAUACUUGUCAUGAAAGAGAUAAAGGAGGACCUCGAAACACACAAUCGGCCCGUCUCAUCCUGCUUAGAUCAGAUCCGGCAGGUCGUACUUACCGGCAGCAACGUGUUGUCCAGCGACGAAGUGUCCACGUUGGAGAAGAAUGGCCGAUCUCUGAAGACUCGUUUCGACAAGGCGCUAGACCGCGCUGACAAAUUGGUGAAACGCCUCACCGGCGCCAGAGACGAGCUAACGAAAUUCAAGAAUGAGCUCACGACCUUCUCGAUCUGGUUGGAGAAAGCCCGAAGUGUACUCGAGGACAAGGAACGUUCUUUGUCCGACCUGAACAAACUGAGCAGCAGCACCGACACCACUCGCGACUUCAUCAGCGACGUGAUCGCUCAUCAGGCGGAUCUGAGAUUCAUCACGAUGGCGGCGCAGAAAUUCGUCGACGAGAGCAAAGAAUAUCUUCAGGUUCUCAAUGACUUCAGAACCAGCCUGCCGCAGAGACUGCCGCACAAGGAACCCACAGCCAGCCAAGACUCGCCGGUGCGAGCCGAGGUGUCCACCGCGACGGCGCAGUACAAAGAUCUGCUGUCUCGAGCGAAUCUCCUGUCGGAUAGGCUGUCAGGAGUCGGCGGCAAACAAAGGGAUUACCACGAUUCCUUGGAAAAAGUUCGAGCAUGGCUGAGAGACGUCGAGCCCAAGGUCCACAGAGUCAUCUCCGAGCCGGUGGCCGCCGAACCGAAGCAAGUGGAGGACCAACUGAGCAAAGCCAAGGCGUUGAACAACGAGUUCCUCGCCAAUGAACGCUUGGUCGACAACGCUAAACACAGCGUCGAGGCUUUGUUGCACUCCUUGGAGGGCCAGCUGACUAUCAACGAAGCUAGGAACCUCGAGGAACCGGUAAAGGCGUUGGAAGAUAAGUACAAGCAGCUCAGCAAUGCCUUGGCUGAGAAGUGUCAAGAACUCGACACGGCCUUGGUGAGAAGCCAAGGUGUGCAAGAUGCAUUGGACGGCCUGGUUGCAUGGCUGAACAACGUUGAGAGUCAAUUCAAGUCACUGCAACGCCCAGCAAGUUUACAGAAGGAUCGGCUGGAGGAGCAGCAGAGGGAACAGCGAUUGCUGCAGGCGGACCUGGACAGUCAUCGUUUGAGCGUCGAGACCAUCACGGCGAACGCCCAGGACCUCCUUCUGAACUCGAGCAACGUUCGCAUCGCCAAGCGCAUCGAGAGCAAGCUGAAAGACGUGCAGAGCAGAUUCGAGAAACUGAUGGACAAGUCCUUGAGGCGCGGCGAAUUCCUCGACGAGAUAGCCCAAACUCUGAACGAAUUCCUCGCUGACGUGUCCAGAUUCGAGAGCUGGUACGCUCACAUGAUGGAGGUGCUCGACUCGAGAGACCUGAGCAAGUUCGACGUGUCGGAGUACGAGAGUAAGAUGGCUCAAUUGAUAGACACGCGCGAAGACCAACGCGGCAACUUCGAGGAUCUCGUGCGUAACGGCAAGAACCUGAUCGCCAAGAAGGACAUCACCGAGGCCGGCGCGAUCCGGGACAAGAUCAAGGCGCUCGAGUCUCAGUGGAAGGAACUGAACAACCUCCUUGACGAGAAGCAACGCUUGUGCAAGUCGCGGGCGGAACAGCACACGGCGUACGAGAAGCUGCGGGACCAGGUGCUCGAUUGGCUCACCCGCACGGAGAACAAGGUGCAGGGCCUCGAGCCGGUCGCCGUAGACCUGGACAAGCUGAAGAUGCAGCAGGAGGAGCUGAAGCCCGUACAGAAGGAGUAUCGCGAUUACGGCAACACGGUCGAUAAGAUUAAUGACCUCGGCAUCGCCUACGACAGCUUGAUGAAGGAGCGCGGCGAGAGCCCGACGCGUCGUCGCGGUAGCACCAGCCCGACCAAGAGACCAGUACUGCGAAUGUCACAAGACGGUCGCUCGCCGUCACCCACUAAAUCCUACGCAGUUCAAAGUCCGGUCUCCCCAGGUGGUAGCAGCGGAUUCAGCAGUCGGCGUUCGAGCCAAGAUGGCUUCCACCUGGAAGAUCUGUCGCCGGUUCAACAGCAGCUCUCGGAAAUCAAUCACAGAUACGGACUGCUUGGCGUGAGAUUGACCGAUCGCCAAACGGAAUUAGACAAUGUCAGGGACGAACUGAAGAGACACUUGGAACAUUUGAAAAUACUUUCUCAAUUCUUGGACAAGAUACAGCGGCAAUUGCCCAAGGAGAGUAUGCCGGCCACCAAAGACGACGCGGACAAAACGGUGAAGCAAGUGAAAGUUCUCGUCGAGGAGAUGUACGAGAAGCAGUCCCUGUUGGACAGUACCCGGACGCAGGUGCGCGAUCUGGCCAGGCGCAAGAAAGGGGCGGACGGUGUCGACAGGCUGAACGACGAAAUGGAGGACGUCGCCAGCCGAUGGAGAUCGAUAUCGGACAGAUGCAAGGACAGAAUCAAGUUCCUGGAGGACAUCAAGGACUUCUACGAUACUUACGAGGGUCUCAAUUCCUGGCUCGGCGCUAAGGAACGCAUGCUGGGCGCUCUGGGGCCCAUCUCGUCCGAUCCCCGCAUGGUCGCCAGCCAGGUGCAGCAAGUGCAGGUCUUACGAGAGGAAUUCAGAACGCAGCAGCCGCAGCUUGAUCACCUGGUGCAGGUCGGGGAGAGCAUCCUCGUCACGAUAACCGUCGAUUCUCCGGACGGGCAGAAGAUCAACGCGAAAUUGCAGAGCAUCUUGCAGAGAUGGGCGGAUCAAGUCGGCAGACUGGACGAGAGAGCGCAGAGUUUGGGAGACGCCGUUGACACCAGUCGCGAAUUCGACGCCAGCCUCAACCGGUUGCGGGACGCUCUGCAGGGCAUUUCGGAUAACCUGGACGAGUUGACCCUCGAGAAGGAUCCUGAGGAACAACUGCGCAAGAUCGAGAAUCUUGAGAGGCAGUUGGAGGGACAGAGACCACUGCUGGCGGACGCGGAGAUGGCCGGCAUGCAACUGUGUGAAAUUCUGAGCGACCCGGCAUCGAGAUCCGAGAUUCAAGGGAAGCUCGCCGUGUUGGGCAAGCUGUACAACAACCUGCAGAAGAAGUUGGACCAUAGAAAGGCCGAAAUCGAAGGUAAUCUCCGCGACGGCAGGCAAUUCGAGGCUUCCUGCAGUCGGACUCUCGGAUGGCUUGCGGAUGAGCUCGGCAACAUGUCUGAGAAACUAUUGGUGUCCGCUGACAGAGAAAUCUUGCAGCAACAACUCGAUCAUCACGAGCCGGUGUAUCGAAACGUGAUGGGUAAAGAGCACGAGGUCAUCAUGCUGCUGAAUAAAGGGCGCGAUAUUCUCGCACGAUCGCAGAAGGCCGAGAAUCGUUCUCUGCAACGCGACCUGGACAAGAUGCAAUCGCAGUGGGACCGUUUGAAGAAGGACACCGUCGAGAGACACACCAGAUUACAGACCUGCGCGGAACACUGCAAGAAAUACUACAAAGCUCAAGACGUGUUCCUCCCGUGGCUUCGACAGGCCGAAGACAAGCUGGACAGCUUGAUCCCGACCUCAUUCAGACGCAAGGACAUCGAGAAGCAGCUGAAAGAAUUGUCGUCGUUCAGGAACGAGGUGUGGAAGCAUUCCGGGGAAUUUGAGAAUAACAAGACGCUCGGCGAGACGUUCGUCGGAGCUUGCGACAUCGACAAACAGAACGUGAAGAACGAGCUUGGCGCCAUGAAGACCAGAUGGGAUAAGUUAAACAACGACCUGAUAUCUAGAACGCAGUCUCUGGAGGAUACCGCGCGUCACUUGAUGGAUUUCAACGAGAACUUGCGCGAUUUGCAGCACGGUUUGCAGCGCUGCGAAGACAAGUUAGCUUCGCACGACGCUCUUGGUGGCGCGGCUAAGGACCCGAAGCUUCUCGACAGAAUAAAGAAUUUGCGAGAAGAAACAACGAGCUUGAAGAAACCCUUGCAGUGCGUGAGGCAGCAGGCGAACGAUCUCGUGAACAAAGCCAGCGAGCAAGGCGUCGACGCGUCGCACUUGCAAGACGAGAUCGACAACGUCACGGAUCGCAUCAACGACCUGCAAGCGAAACUGGACGACCGAUGCAACGAGUUGCAGAGCGCGGCGACAGCCGUCGCGCAGUUCAACGAUCAGGCGAAGCUGAUCAGUCAACAUCUGUCCGCUCUGGAGAAAGAUCUGGACUCGAUGAAGGCACCCGGCAGAGAAAUCAAGAUCGUGCGCGGCCAAUUGGAGGACAUCGCGAAAAUCGUCGGCAAAAUCAGCAAACUCUACGAGGAGAUUGGCGAUUUGGAGAGUCGCGGCGAACGUUUGGUCGAUUACGGUUUCGCCGCUGACGCUGUAGCCACCAGGGAUCAGAUUAAAGGAUUCAAACGGCAGAUCGGCAGGCUGGACGAGCGUGCGCGUGCUCGAGAGGACGAGCUCACCGCCACCUUGAACAAGCUGCAAGAGUUUUAUCAGUCGCACGCGGACGUUAUGGAGGGUAUCGCCGACGCGAACGAGCAGGUCAGGAGAUUCAAGCCUGUCGGAUCCGAGGUGGACUCGAUUAAGGCUCAGCAGGAGGACUUCAGGGCUCUCAAGGUGAAGAAGAUCGAGCCGCUGGCGCACGCCGUUGACGAGUGCAACGUGCUCGGUCAAGGUCUCAUACAGACCGCGGGGCGAGACGUCAACACCAGUAAUAUCGAGAAGGAUGUCGACAAAAUGAACGAGAGGUGGAACGAUCUGAAGGAAAGAUUGAACGAGCGAGAUCGCAAACUGGACGUCGGAUUGCUGCAGUCGGGCAAGUUCCAAGAGGCCCUGGACGGUCUAGAGAAGUGGCUGACCGACACGGAGGAGAUGGUCUCGAAUCAGAAACCGCCGUCCUCGGACUACAAGGUCGUGAAGGCGCAGCUGCAGGAGCAGAAGUUCCUGAAGAAGAUGCUGAUGGACCGUCAGAACUCCAUGUCGUCCCUCUACACCAUGGGACAAGAGGUGGCUGCGGACGCGGACCCGAAGGAACGCAAGGCCAUCGAGAAGCAGUUGAACAAUCUGGUGGGCAGGUUCGACAAUCUGACGGAGAGCGCCGCGGAGAGGAUGGACGCGCUCGAGCAGGCGAUGGCGGUGGCGAAGCAGUUCCAGGAUAAGCUGGUGCCGCUCGCGAUCUGGCUGGACAAGACCGAGAAGAGGGUGAGGGACAUGGAGCUGGUGCCGACCGACGAGGAGAAGAUCCAGCAGCGUGUCAGCGAGCACGACAUGCUCCACGAGGACAUCAUAUCGAAGACGCCGGACUUCAGCGAGCUCACGGAGAUAGCCAGCCAACUGAUGUCGCUCGUCGGCGAGGACGAAGCCGCCGCGUUGGCCGACAAGCUCCAGGACGCGGCGGACAGAUACGCCGCCUUGGUCGAGCGCUCGGAGGCCCUCGGCAGCCUGCUGCAACGCUCGAGGCAGGGCCUGCGCCACCUGGUGCUCACGUACCAAGACUUGCAAGCGUGGAUGGAGAGCAUGGAGAUCCGGCUGUCCAAGUACCGCAUCUUGGCGGUGCACACGGAGAAGCUUCUGCAGCAGAUGGAGGACCUCGCGGACCUCACCGAGGAGGUCUCCACGCGGCAGACGGAGGUCGACAGCACCGUGGACUCCGGGCUGGAGCUGAUGAAGCACAUCUCGAGCGACGAGGCGCUCCAGCUGAAGGACAAGCUGGACUCGCUGCAGCGACGAUUCAACGACCUGGUCACGCGCGGCUCGGAUCUGCUCAAGCACGCCCAGGAGUCCCUGCCGUUGGUGCAGCAGUUCCACGAGAAUCACAACCGACUGAUGGACUGGAUGCAGGGGGCGGAGUCCGCUCUCCAGUCCGCCGAGCCGCGCGAGGAGGAAAUCAUCCGGCUGGAGAUGGAGAUAUCCGAGUACAGGCCCGUCUUGGACAAGAUCAACGCGGUGGGCCCGCAGCUGUGCCAGAUGUCGCCGGGCGAAGGCGCCGCGACCAUCGAAGGCCUCGUCACCAGGGACAACAGGCGGUUCGACGCGAUCGCCGAGCAGAUUCAGAGGAAGGCCGAGAGGAUUCAGCUGAGCAAGCAGCGCUCCUUGGAGGUGAUCGGCGACAUCGACGACCUGCUCGACUGGUUCCGCGAGGUCGACAAUCAGCUGCGAGAGGCCGAGCCGCCCAGCAGCGAGCCCGAGAUCAUCAGGGUGCAGCUGAAGGAACACAAGGCGCUCAACGACGACAUAUCCAGCCAGAAGGGCCGUGUCCGAGACGUCAUCUCGACCGCGAAGAAGGUCAUCCGCGAGAGCACUCAGCACGAAGACACGUCGACGAUCAGAGACAAGAUGGAGGAUCUUCGCGAAACGAUGGAGAUAGUCUCAGGUCUCUCGACGGACCGACUGGGAGCCCUGGAGCAAGCGCUACCGUUGGCAGAGCAUCUUCGCGACACCCACGCCGGCCUGGUCAGCUGGCUCGAGGAGGCUGAGCAGCAGGUCGCCAUGUUGCCCAUGCCGGCGUUGCGACCCGACCUGAUAGCGGUGCAACAGGACAAGAACGAGCUGCUCAUUCAGAGCAUCAACGAGCACAAGCCUCUGGUGGAGAAGCUGAACAAGACUGGCGAGGCUCUCAUCAAGUUGUGCAACGAGGAGGAGGGUAUGAAGGUGCAGGACAUUCUGGAGAACGACAACGCUCGCUACACCGCGCUGAGAGCCGAGCUCCGCGCCCGGCAGCAGACGCUGGAGCAAGCGCUGCAGGAGUCCUCGCAGUUCUCGGACAAGCUCGAGGGUAUGUUGCGCGCGUUGUCCUCCACCGCCGACCAGGUGAACGGCGCCGAGCCCGUCAGCGCCCACCCGACGCGACUGCGUGACCAGAUGGAGGAGAACGCGGCGUUGGCGGACGACUUGGCGCAGAGGUCCGAGGCGUACGCGGCCGUGAAGAAGGCCGCCGACGACGUGAUCAGCAAGGCCGGCAACCGGGCGGACCCGGCGGUGAAGGACAUCAAGCGCAAGCUGGACAAGCUCAACAAGUUAUGGGGCGAUGUGCAGAAGGCCACUACCGACCGCGGGCACACCCUGGACGACACGCUGAUCGUCGCGGAGAAGUUCUGGGCCGAGCUGAACGGCGUGAUGGCCACCCUGAGGGAGCUGCAGGACGCCCUCGCCGGGCAAGCGCCGCCGGCGGCACAGCCGGCCGCCAUCCAACAGCAACAGGUGGCCCUGCAGGAGAUCAGGCAAGAGAUCGACCAGACCAAGCCGGACGUCGAGCAGGUCCGAGCGUCCGGGCACGAAUUGAUGGGCCUGUGCGGCGAGCCGGACAAACCGGAGGUGCGGAAGCACAUCGAGGACUUGGAUCAGGCCUGGGACAACGUGACCGCGCUGUACGCCAGGCGCGAGGAGAAUCUCAUCGACGCCAUGGAGAAGGCGAUGGAGUUCCACGAGACGUUGCAGAACCUGCUGGAGUUCCUGCAGGAGGCCGAGGACCGGUUCGCAGACAUGGGCCCGCUCGGCAGCGACAUCGACGAGGUGAAGAAGCAGAUCAAGCAGUUGGCCAACUUCAAAGCCGAAGUGGAUCCGCACAUGGUGAAAGUCGAGGCGCUCAACAGGAGUCUGACAAGGCAAGCGGCCGAGUUGACGGAGAGGACCUCCUCGGAGCAAGCGGCAGCUAUCAAGGAGCCCCUGGGUGCGGUGAACAAACGAUGGGACGGGCUGCUGAGGGGCCUCGUGGAGAGGCAACGAUUACUGGAGAACGCGUUACUGCGUCUCGGCCAGUUCCAGCACGCCCUGGACGAGUUGCUGGUGUGGAUCGAGAAGACCGACAAGACCCUGGACAACCUCAGGCCGGUGGCCGGCGAUCCGCAAGUGAUCGAGGUCGAGUUGGCCAAGCUGAAGGUGCUGGUGAACGACAUACAGGCGCACCAGACGAGCGUCGACACCCUCAACGACGCCGGCCGCCAACUGAUCGAGGACGGCAAGGGCACCGCCGAAGCGUCCACCACGGCUGACAAACUGGGCACCCUGAACCGGCGUUGGCGCGACCUGCUUCAGCGCGCUGCUGACCGCCAACGAGAACUGGAGGACGCUCUGCGAGAGGCGCAGUCCUUCACCGCCGAGAUACAGGACUUGCUGUCGUGGUUGGGCGACGUGGACAACAUGAUAGUGGCGUCCAAGCCCGUCGGUGGACUACCUGAGACCGCGUCCGAACAGCUGGAGCGUUUCAUGGAGGUGUACAACGAACUGGAGCAGAACCGGCCGAAGGUCGAGACGGUGUUGCAGCAAGGACAGGAGUACCUGAAGAGGGCGGACACGAGCAGCGCCGGCGGACUGAAUCACAAUCUGCGGACGUUGAAGCAGAAGUGGGACAACGUGAUCUCGCGCGCCAGCGACAAGAAGAUCAAACUGGAGAUCGCCUUGAAAGAAGCCACCGAGUUCCACGACGCGUUGCAAGCGUUCAUGACCUGGCUGACCAACGCCGAGAAGAUCUUGACGAACCUCAAACCCGUCUCGAGGGUCAUGGAGACCAUACUGCAGCAGAUCGAGGAGCACAAAGCCUUCCAGAAGGACGUCGGCGUUCACCGAGAAACCAUGCUGAAUCUCGACAAGAAAGGAACUCAUCUCAAGUACUUCUCCCAGAAGCAGGACGUGAUUCUCAUCAGGAACCUGCUCGUGAGCGUGCAGCACAGGUGGGAACGGGUGGUCUCCAAGUCAGCCGAGAGGACGAGGGCCUUGGAUCACGGUUACAAGGAGGCCAGAGAGUUCCACGACACCUGGUCGAGCCUGAUGAACUGGUUGGACGAGACCGAGAAGACGCUGGACGAGGUUGCCGCCGAUGGGCUCGGCGGUAACGAUCCGGACAAGAUCAAGUCGCGGCUCAACAAGCAUCGUGAGAUACAGAAGGCCUUGAGCGCCAAGCAGGGCACAUACGAUACCACCAUGAAGAACGGCAAGGCGCUGAAGGACAAGGCGCCGAAGAGCGACGAGCCCGCCUUGCGCGAACUGCUGAACGAGUUGAAGAACAAGUGGACCACCGUCUGCGGCAAAUGCGUGGACAGGCAGAGGAAGCUGGAAGAGGCGCUCUUGUUCUCCGGCCAGUUCAAGGAUGCGAUUCAAGCGCUGCUGGAGUGGCUGAGCAAGACCGAGAAGUACUUGGCCAACACCGGACCGCUCUACGGUGAUUUGGACACGGUGACCAACCUGGUGGAGCAGCACAAGACGUUCGAGAGGGACCUGGAAUCCCGCGCCUCGCAGAUGGAGUCCGUCAUCAAGACCGGUCGCGAGCUGGAGUCCAAAGCCAGCGUUGAGGACGCGUCGAUGAUCCGCUCGCAGCUGUCCGAGUUGAACAGCCUCUGGGACAGGGUGACCAGUCUCACGUCGAAGAAGUCUUCGCUACUGGAAGAAGCUCUCAGGGAGGCCGAGCGACUGCACAAAGCCGUCCACGUGUUACUGGAGUGGCUGAGCGACGCGGAGAUGAAGCUGCGAUUCGCCGGACCCCUGCCGGAGGACGAGCAGGAGAGCAGGAACCAGCUGAUGGAGCACUCGCGAUUCUUGCGCGAGCUGCAGACCAAGGAAAUCGAGAAGGACAACACGCUGGAGCUGGCGCACAUCAUUCUCGGAAAGGCGCAUCCCGACGGCGCCGCUGUCAUCAAACACUGGAUCACGAUUAUCCAGUCCAGGUGGGAGGAAGUGGCCACGUGGGCCUAUCAGAGGAAUCAAAGACUGGAGAAUCAUAUGCAGGGACUACAGGAUCUCGACAAUCUCCUCGAAGAACUAUUGGCUUGGCUCGAAGGUUUGGAGAACACUUUGAACGCCUUGGAAGCGGAACCCCUGCCCGACGAUCGGGCCACGCUCGAGAUGCUUAUUGCCGAUCACAGAGAGUUCAUGGAAAAUACCAGCCGCAGGCAGAACGAGGUUGAUCGCGUGUGCAAGGCCCGACAGAUCAAGCCGAUGAAGGACACGAGAAAGAUAUCGAAAGUUAAAUCACCAGCGCCUAUUAAGGAUCACUAUCAGGAUAGCGAGCAUGAGCAGUCUCAACCUCGCAAACAAAGCCGAGGCAGCCCGGGUCGUGACAGAACUCCAGAUCUUUCAUUGCCGCACAUCGGUCCACGCUUCCCACCCAAAGGAAGCAAAGGAGCCGAGCCGGAAUUCCGCAGUCCGAGAGUCAAGCUGCUCUGGGAUAAAUGGCGUCACGUUUGGAUGCUAGCGUGGGAACGUCAACGCCGGCUGCAGGACAAGUACAAUUACAUUCAAGAGCUGGAUCGCGUCGCCAACUUCAGUUGGGAAGACUGGCGCAAGCGGUUCCUGAAGUUCAUGAACCACAAGAAAUCCAGGCUGACCGACCUCUUCCGGAAGAUGGAUAAGAAUAACGACGGGCUGAUACCGAGAGAGGACUUUAUUCAAGGAAUUAUGAACACCAAAUUCGAGACUUCUCGUCUGGAGAUGGGCGCCGUCGCCGAUCUCUUCGAUCGCCACGGUGAGGGCCUCAUAGACUGGAAAGAGUUCAUUGCCGCUCUACGACCCGAUUGGGAGGAACGACGAACGUACAACGACACGGAUAAAAUACACGACGAAGUCAAGCGACUGGUCAUGCUGUGCACCUGUCGCCAGAAGUUCCGAGUUUUCCAAGUUGGCGAAGGGAAGUACAGGUUCGGCGAUAGCCAGAAGCUGCGAUUGGUUCGAAUUCUGCGCUCCACCGUCAUGGUGCGCGUUGGUGGAGGCUGGGUGGCGCUAGACGAAUUCCUACUGAAGAACGACCCGUGCCGCGUUUUUCUAAUGCCAAUACCGGACCCUAACAAACCGGAACAACAUGAGGGUUGGUGUCCGCUCGCCAAGGGAAGAACGAAUAUCGAGCUGCGGGAGCAAUUCAUACUGGCGGAUGGCGUCAGCCAGACUAUGACGGCCUUCCGGUCCAAGCCGAGCCCGACCUCGACGUUGCAGCGUACGCAAAUGUCCUCCACCAAUGCCGGACCGAUCACCAAGGUAAGAGAACGCAGCGCUCGCAGCGUACCUAUGGGUCAAUCGCGAGCCUCACGCUCAUCCUUGAGCGCCGGCACGCCGGACAGCCUUAGCGACAACGAAAGUUCCUUCAAGAUAUCCGCUAGAAAAACCAGCACGCCUUACAGAUCUACCGUGACGCCCGGUGGUAGCCGUCCAUCCAGCAGGCCGACCUCGAGACCUGCCUCCCGACCUGCCAGUAGGCCAAGCAGCCGACCUGCGUCGAGACAAGGAAGCAAACCACCUAGUCGAUAUGGAUCCACGCAAUCAUUGGACGACGAUUCGUGCACCCCGAGUCGCAUACCACGGAGGACCAUCGUGGGCUCCGGCAAUACUCCGACGUCCAGCAGGCACAACAGCAUAUCCGGUAGGAAACUCGCGACUCCGGUGAACGGCUCGAGCUCUCGACCUCGCACCCCUACGGGAUUGGUUAGCCCCGCAAGUGGGGUGCCCUCCAGGUUUGGCUCAAUCCAUAGAGCUUCGAGCAUUCCAACCCUGACUGGUGUCGGAACACCGAUCAGCCGCUCUAGGAUACCCGUGUAUGUGGGAGCGGAUAUAAAAUCUCCUCAGUCGACCACCAGCAAUAUGUCGACUCAUUCAACCCAAAGCAACCAUUCUACGAUCUCUACUGAUUCCACUGGGAGCAGUUCCGUGUGUACAAAUUCAGCGACUAACAUACCGUCAGCCGUAAAACAAGCUAGGGUACGCACACCGUCCAGUGGAUCCAGCACGCCGUUGCCGCCGUCCUCGAAACUGUCGAGGAAACCCUCCGGAGCAUCCGACACGUCCGUGUCGGGCAGCACCUCCAGCGCGAGGAAAGGAAAGCCGACACCAAUCGAACAACGCGCGCCGUUCCGAUUGUAAUAGCUUAUUAACGGAUAAACACAUAGCUUGUAAAACCCGCGAUAUGCUAUAUAUAUCACACACAGAAAACGAGAAAAUAAAUAUAAAACGUCCCCGUCGCAGACUUAGGGAAGAUUGCAUGGGUAUUACAGGGAACAUAUGAAUAUGAUUGUUAUGUUGCAUAAUGGAGUAAGAAGGGGAAGGAAGAAGAAAAGAGAGAAAGAGAGAUGGAAGUGCGUGUAACAUGGGAAUGUUGCUAAAUCAGCUAGAUCGAAAUUUUCAUUUGGAGGCAAACGACGAAUCUACGAAUUACGACGCGGUUUCUUUUUAUUAUAUCUGAGUUUCGCCAAGUACGGAAUGCCAUUAAAUUUCCGAGUACGAAUGAGUAUUUGAUACUCUCUUUAGGAUAAGGGAUUAUACGAACAGAGCGGGGAAGUUUAUUUAUUUCGUGCUCGUUAGAAAGUGCUUGAGAAGUUCACCUUCGUAGUUCAUAAUAUAACGCAUAACGGCGAAGUAAAUUAUUGUUAUAACGAAUAUAUCUUAAUCUUGGCAUUACCGGGAGAAGGGAAGGUAAUGUUCCGUAACACUGAAAAUAUUCCGGCGAGGAGUGGACGACGCCACGCGCCCUCGCUGUUUCUCUCGAUAAGGACAAUACUACUAAAAGAGUUUUAGCAUGAAAGGAUCAGCAUUAUAUGUAUUAUAAUUACGCUUACGUUUGAAUUAUGAUUAGAUACGCCUGUAAUUACUUUUAUAAUUUAGCAUAAUUCACUCAUCUGUCACGCGCGCGCAUACCAUUGCGUGUUUUAUACGUCGCGUAAACAUCGAGGGUUUCCUCGACACAACAUUUUUGAACUAUAUUUGAGCAAUAUGUAUACUCGGUCAUAUAUUAAUUUAUUUAAUAUUUUCCGCUUGAUUUAUGUGUUAGUCAUUAAUAUGCCUAACGCGCAUUCGUCGAUGAAAAAGGAAAGUGGAGAAAAAUAUUGUGUUCUUUACGAUGUGUAAUCUGACAUUAUUAAUUUCUGCUGUCCGUUUCGCAAAUUAUGCCAUACAUAUUCGAUUUACACAUGUGAGGGCAUCUUUAACGUAGCGAUUUUAUUUUUUAUUUCCAAGUUAUAUAAUUAUGAUAACACAGCAAGUAAUGCUAUUUCACGAAGCAGGGAAAGAAGGAAUGACAUGAAUGUUGAUUGUGGAGUCUUUUCAAGAUAUAGGAAACGUCGUUUCGAUCGGUUUAUGCUUUUGCGAAACGGCGAAAUAUUUUUAGCAAUUUUUUGAAUAAAUUGCGAGACCGUAAUCAAAUCUAGUUUAUGACUACGCACAAAUUUAAUGCGCGGUUCGCUUUUGUUACGCGUUUGCAAUUCGGUACGUAUAUCGAUAUUGCGAACGAGAGAUUUAAGAUUUCGAGGAGAGAGCGGAAGAAGCAUACCUAACAGCAUUGAUAUGUUAAAUGAAGUUACUCUUGUGAAUAAUUCAGUAAAAUAUAUUCCGUUGCGCGAAGUGGCCUGUUAGGUGACGGGUGGAAAAAAAACAAAACUCUGAAAAAAGACAUUUCCAUAUUUUUUUUUUACAUAUAUAUAU